AUGGUUCGACCAAACCCUAACCCUGAUCCGGAACGGUCAGGAUAUAGUUGUGCGGGAUGCCAACGUCCAGAUUGUGCUGAGGAAGAAAUGGUAUUUUGUGACAAUUGCCAAAAGUGGUACCAUUUCGGUUGUGCUGGCGUUACCGAGGAGGUAAGAGACGUUUCUUGGAGCUGUCCGGAGUGCAAGAUUGUUGACGUGGGUGAUGCUGGUUCAUCUGAGCUGCAAGAGGAGUUGAAAAAGCUCGAAGAGGAGAAGAAGAGGCAGAAGCAGGAACUGGAAAGGGAGAAGAUUUUGUACCGCAAGCGACUGGAGAUGCAGCAAGAGAUGUUCGAGAUGCGCCAGCAGCUGGAAAAGGAAAAGCGGGAAAUGGAACUGGAGUUUGAAAAGACGCAAAUGAAGAAGAAACUUGUCGAAGAAGAAGCCCAUCAGAAGAAGCUCGACGAGAUGCGGACGGAAAUGGAGGAGAAGCUGGAACAGUUGAAGAUGAAGCGGAACAAGAACACUGAUGGUAAAAAGGUACAGGAAGAAGAAGAAGAAGAAGCUGAAAGUAGUGAAAAGAGAAGCUCGAAGAAGAAAAAGCAGAAGAAAACGAAGUCGGGGGAAGUAAAGCCAGAAAAAUCGAAGCUCGAGAAGAAAAAGUCGGGAAAAGAAAAACCUGGGAACGUGGAUCCGCCGGCAGUAAAUGCUGCUGACAUUCGAGGAGCGUACCGUAAACACUCGACACCAAAAGUAGCCAAAAAACCUGCAAAGAAGUCAGUUGAACGUCCAAUAAGUCUGCCGGAGAGUUUCCUGAUCGGUCGAGACAAGAACGAUACACCCUUUGGACACCCAGAGGUCCCGAAGAAGAAGAAGGAUAAGAAUAACAGCGGUAAGCUGAUGAACCAAGUGAAGGGAGUAUUGGAGUCAGAUAGUAGUGAGAGUUCCGAAGAAGAAGAAAGUUCGGAGGUGGAAGAAAAGAGCUCCGAGGCGGAGGAAGAAAGUUCCGAAGAGGAUAGUUCUGAAAGUGAGGAAGAGAGCUCGGAGAGUUCCGAGGAAGAUCAUAAUCAGAGAGAUUAUCGGCGUAGAGUGCGACAUCGUCAUCAAAAACCAACGAAGGCCCAGCUAUCCUCUCGCCAUUUCCUAUCCAGGAAGUUGCCGACUUUUUCUGGAAAGCUGGAGGAAUGGCCCAUGUUCAUAAGUAGUUACGAGACGUCAACAAAAGCGUGCGGGUUCUCAAACGUCGAAAACUUAGCGCGUCUUCAAGAAUGCCUGAAAGGAGAGGCACUGGAGGCGGUGAGAAGCAGACUUCUAUUACCCAAAGCAGUCCCGAAGAUUAUCGAAACCCUGCGGAUGCUGUUUGGCCGUCCGGAGGGACUGCUCAAUAUGUUGCUGAUAAAAAUCCGCAAUGCAGCGCCACCGAAAGCAGAACGGUUAGCGAGUUUUAUCAGCUUCGGGGUAGUAGUUCAACAGCUUGCUGAUCAUCUUGAAGCUACAGGUUUAACCGCUCAUCUGGUGAACCCGAUGCUCAUCCAAGAGUUGACAGAUAAGCUGCCGGCGGGAACUCAGAUGGAAUGGGUGCGGUAUCGCAGGAAGAGUGCAAUCGUUACGAUACGAACUUUGUCCGACUUCCUGUCUAACAUUGUCAAGGAUGCAAGCGAAGUCACGUCAUUCGGAGAAGCUGCCCGGUUUGUGGAGCAACGGCCGUCGAAAGGGAAAUCGAAGCGGGAACAUGAAGGAUAUUUGCACGCUCAUAGUGGGGUAGAGAGGAGUCAAAGUCCGCCAGUGAAGGAAAGGAAACCGUGUAGGAUUUGUGAAAGAGUCGACCAUAGAAUUAGGAAUUGUGAAAGAUUUCGCAAACUCCGACUUGCCGACCGUUGGGAAGCUGUACGAAAGUGGAAUCUGUGCCAGUUGUGUUUGAACGAGCAUGGAAACCUUCGAUGCAAGUUAAACUUUCGUUGCAACGUCAGUGGUUGUAAUGAUCGUCACAACCCACUACUCCAUCCAGUGGGUUCGGUUGCUGGUUCAAACUGCAACAUCCACGCCAUCCUACCGAAACCCUCCGUCAUCUUCCGCAUGAUGCCAGUUACGCUGUAUUGUGGAAAGUUCUCUGUGAACACGAUCGCCUUUCUGGACGAAGGAUCGUCGUAUACGCUGGUAGAGAAACCGCUGAUCAGCAAAUUGGGAGUACGAGGAGUGACCCAACCACUUCGUGUGACUUGGACUGCGGGAGUCUCCCGGAUCGAGAAAAACUCGCAGAGAGUAGAUCUGUUUAUCUCCGCACUAGGAUCAGCUCAGCGUUUUCAGAUCAAGAGUGCGCACACGGUGGAGAGUUUGAAGCUGCCGCAGCAUACUCUGUCUCUGACAGAGAUAGUAAAGCAAUAUAAUCAUCUACAUGGUGUACCGGUUACAGACUUCCAGCAAGCCACUCCGCAGAUUCUCAUCGGGCUGAAGGAUAUCCACCUGUACGCGCCGAUCGAGUCAAGGAUAGGAGGACCGGAGGAACCAAUAGCAGUCAGAUCUAAGCUUGGUUGGACCGUCUACGGACCAACGGGUCUCGAGAAAACGGAUGGUGGAAUGGUAGGACAUCAUAGGUGCAGUACUUUGUCGAAUCAGGAGCUCCACGACCUCCUCAGGAACAACUACACUUUGGAGGAAUCAGGGAUUUCCGUCGCGUUGCUGCCUGAAUCCGAGGAAGUCAGACGAGCGAAGGAGAUUUUGGAGAAGACGACUGUGAGGGUAGGUGAUCGCUUCGAGACGGGUUUACUAUGGAAGGAGGAUGAUCCGCACUUUCCCGACAGCUACCCUAUGGCAGUGAAACGUUUGCAGUGUAUGGAAAGACGUAUGCAAAAUGACUCCAAUCUGUACAACAAGGUUCGCAGUAUGAUUGGCGAUUAUCUAGCAAAGGGGUACGCACACAUAGCUACGCCGUCAGAGUUGGCUGCGUUCGACUACAGCAAGGUGUGGUACGUGCCUCUGAACAUCGUGUACAACCCGAGGAAGCAGAAGUAUCGUCUGGUGUGGGACGCUAGGGCAGAAGUUAAAGGCGUUUCAUUGAACUCCAAGCUGCUGAAAGGUCCGGAUAUGCUUACCGCACUUCCCGCGGUGAUCUGCAGAUUCCGUGAAAGAGUGAUCGGAUUUGGCGCAGAUAUCAAGGAGAUGUAUCACCAGAUGAAAAUGCGUGAAGUGGAUAAGCGGGUACUGAGAUUCCUGUUCCGAGAUAAUCCUUCGAUGGCACCGGUGGUGUAUGUGAUGGACGUAGCGACAUUCGGCUCAACCUGCUCGCCAUCUUCAGCACAAUAUGUCAAGAAUCUGAACGCGAAGGAGUAUGCUAGGCAGUUUCCAGAAGCAGCGGAGAAAAUCGUCAAGAACCACUACGUGGACGACUACUUCGACAGCGCGAACACCGUUGACGAAGCUGUGAAAGUGGCGAAAGAGGUUCGGUAUGUUCAUUCCAAGGGUGGCUUUGAGCUGCGUAAUUGGGUGUCCAACUCAGAGAUGUUCCUUCAAGCCAUGGGCGAGCGGAAAGCAAAUCAGUGCGUGAGGUUCAACGAAGACAAGGAAUCAGGUUCCGAACGAGUGCUGGGAAUUGUUUGGAGUCCAGCAAGCGACGAGUUCUCGUUUUCCACUAAGCUGAGAGACGACCUCGCUCCAUACUUGUCAGGCGAGCUGCUACCGACGAAGAGAAUAGUUAUGAGCUGCGUGAUGAGUUUUUUCGACCCGUUAGGACUGCUAUCCAUCUUCACCUUUUACGGGAAACUGUUGAUCCAGGAUUUGUGGCGGAGUGGAUGCGAAUGGGAUCAGCAAAUCGACCAAGAGUGUGCAGAGAAGUGGAGCCAGUGGAUUACAAGGCUCCCAGAGGUUGAAGAAGUUCGAGUUCCUCGUUAUUAUUUCCAAGGUGGGUGCAUCGGCCGCAUAGACUUUAGCAGCAUACAACUCCACGUCUUCGUCGAUGCAAGUGAAAACGCAUUCGGCGCUGCAGCGUACCUCCGCAUAGAGACGGCUAACGGUCCACUGUGUUCACUUGUGAUGGCAAGAUCGAAAGUGGCGCCACUGAAGCAUCUAUCGAUUCCUCGUCUGGAGCUUCAAGCGGCAGUGCUGGGAGCUAGACUCGCAAAUUCCGUCGUCGAGAUACUGUCCUUGCAGAUUAAGCAGCGAUUCAUCUGGAGCGAUUCGAAGACCGUGCUAUCAUGGAUCCAAUCGGACCAUCGUCGGUACAAGCAGUUCGUUGCGUUUCGGAUUGGUGAAAUUCUCAACCUUACGAAGCUCGAAGAAUGGCGAUGGGUUCCGACAAGGUGCAACGUAGCUGAUGCAAUGACGAAGUGGGAGAAAAAGCACAGUCUGUGUUCCGAUGGGCCAUGGUUCCGUGCUCCACACUUUCUCUACCGGUCGGAGGAGCAAUGGCCGGAGCAACAUAGCGUCACGCCGAACGUUUCCGAGGAGAUUCGAGCAUGCCUUCUUUUCCACGACGUUACGGUGACAGAGCCAAUGGUAGACCCACAGCGGUUUUCAAGAUGGAAGGUACUAGUUCGGACAGUAGCAUGCGCUUACAGAUUCGUAUCGAAUUGCAGAAGGAAGCGAGAUGGUUUAAGGAUCGAGGCAGUAUCGACAACCGAGAAUGCGAAGAAGGUAAUUAAGAGAAGUUUGCCAGCAACGAAAGUACCGUUGCAACGAGAAGAGUAUCGGAAGGCGGAAGUGUACCUUUGGAGAUCGGCACAAGCGGACUGUUUCAUGGACGAAGUCAAGGUGCUAAUGAAGAACCGGCAACUUCCAUACGAGGAGUGGCAUCAAUUGGAGAAGAGUAGCUAUCUCCACAACCUGAGUCCGUUCUUGGACGAGCAAGAAGUGCUGCGAAUGGAAGGAAGAGUGGCGAGAGGUUCGUCUCUGCCAUUCGAGCUCAGGUUCCCGAUCAUUCUUCCGAAGAAACAUCCGGUGACUAACAAGCUGCUCGAGUACUAUCAUCAACAGGUUGGUCACGGCAACAUGGAAACCGCCGUUAACGAAAUCCGGCAACGCUUUCACAUCCAGAACCUGCGAGCGGAGAUGAAGCGGAUCGUGAGGACCUGCGUGUGGUGUAAGGUGAGGAAGUGCCAACCGAAGAACCCCAGAAUGGCUCCACUGCCGAAGUCGCGUGUUACGCCGAACUUGCCGCCGUUCAGCCACACCGGAGUAGACUACUGUGGACCAUUUAUAGUUACCGUCGGUCGCAGGUCCGAGAAAAGGUAUGUCUGCUUGUUCACCUGUAUGUCAACAAGAGCCGUCCACCUUGAGGUUGCUCACAGCCUGACAACUCAAGCGUGUCUGAUGGCCAUACGGCGCUUCGUAUGCCGUAAAGGAAAACCGCUGGAAUUCUACUCCGAUAAUGGGACGAACUUCCAAGCAGCCAGCAAGGAGAUCAUGAAAAGGAUCGAAUCCGAAUGCGAAGACGCGUUCACCGAUUCCAGAACCCGCUGGAACUUCAACCCGCCCAGCGCACCUCACAUGGGUGGGGUUUGGGAGAGGCUAGUACGCUCUCUCAAGGCAGCGUUGAACGUGCUCAACGAUGGACGAACGUUGACCGACGAAGUGCUGCUGACCACUCUUGCGGAGGCCGAAGAUCUGAUCAAUUCGCGCCCUCUGACGUACGUGUCCCUGGAGCCGGGAGUGGAUGAAGCUUUGACGCCAAACCAUUUUGUCCGAGGCGUUGGAGCAAUACGAACGGAACAUUCCGUUCAACCAACGAACGAGGCUGACGCUCUCCGAGACCGUUACAAGCGGUCGCAAUUGCUGGCAGAUAAAUUGUGGACUCGGUGGAUUUCCGAGUAUUUGCCGUCGAUCAACCAGCGCACGAAGUGGCACUCAGAGUCGGUGCCAUUAGAACGUGGUGACCUAGUGUAUAUCGCGGACGACACCACACGGAAGAACUGGAUCCGUGGCAUCGUAGUCGAAACCUACCAAGGAGCGGAUGGUAGAAUCAGGCAGGCUGUAGUAAAGACCGCUAAAGGUGAGUUCAGGCGCCCAGUGGCGAAGCUGGCGGUGCUUGAGGUUCAGGACCGUAAAUCUGGAGUGGAAGGAACCCCGCCAGAAUUACGGGGAGGGGGUAUGUGCGCACCUCCGAGCACUAUGGACACAUCUUGCGACGUACUCUACCAGAACCUCAAACGACGUUGA